GCCGCCGAUGGAACAUCGUCAGAUUGUUGAACAGUUGUUUAUGCGUGCAUGCCGGCAGUGACGAAGUAUUGAACGCCUAUGUAAAACACAAUCUAUUAUUUCGUCCGAUAUAAUUGAAGUUGUAAGUUGUCGCGAUCCGCGAUAGCCAGAUCCACGUCCUUACAUGAGAGACGCACCCCCGACUUACUCCACGAUAUAUGCAUCUCGCGCGAUGACGGUGCGCGACCAAUGGAGACCUUUUCGAUCGUCGUCGAAUCGAUCUUCCGUCAUUGCCCCGAUGCCCCCGCCCAGUUACGCGCAAACCGAGGGGAUAUCCCUUGCGACCUACUCGAUGGAUCACCUGUACUCGGUCUCACGUAACAAAGAUAAAUCUGAACGCGAUACUCGGCUCUUGACUGCCGAUCGACUGAUACCGAUACUUGUACUGACACUCGCUUCGCUUGCAGCGAACGCAAGCAGAUUUUGGUCCCCCAGACCUACCACUGCAAUAUGUCCUCGAUGUACGGCGAUUAUAAUCACGACUGUACAAGUUCGACGAUCUCUGAUCACCCAUGCCGCGGUCGUCGUACUCUUUUUGUGCGGAUGCUGGCCGUGCUGCAUGAUACCAUAUUGCAUGAACUCUUGCAAGAUCAUCGAUCAUUACUGUCCCGUUUGCCGUGCAUAUCUUGGAACCUACAGGCCAUGGUGACACUUGAGAAGUAACGUGGA